AUGAAAACAAAGUUUGGAGUCAACAUCACUCUCCUUAGAGGAAACCACGAGUGCAAGAACUAUUGCAAUGAUUUUAAGAAGGAAAUUGUUGAAAAAUUUGGACUCUUCGACUGCAAAAAUUUGUGCAUGAAACUAUUUGCGGUUCUUCCAAUCGCAACGAGGAACAAGCGUUUCUUGUUCAUCCAUGGUGGACUUGCAAGUAGUUUGCAGACGAUUGAAGACUUCAACGAGCAAUACGGAAAGACCAGAGUCGUGGACUUGGAUACAUCAAUCGGUGAAAGUUUGUGGAGCGAUCCUCAUUAUGGCACAAAACCGUGGAUUUUCAACCGAGCGAGACAUGGCGGAGUGGAAUUCAGUGAAGCUGUCACACAAGACUUUUGUAGGAGAAACGGAGUGAGAGGAAACGAGGAAAUGAAGUCAACUUCAAAAAGGUAUACCACGUGA